GUAAUUAAGCCGGCGCGUGGGUAACGAGGGGAGCUGUCAUCCUUAUCCCUUUUAAAACUUAGUUUAACUAGCGGUGAGUCGCUGUCUUUCACUGUUAGCGUGGGCAAUUAUCUAAAAGACGUAGGCGUAAGUAAUUUAUUGUUUAUACACAUGUUUAAGAAGACGGUGUUUUAAACUGCAGUAACUCCUGUCAUGGCGGGCGCUAAGGCGAGCGCGCUAAUGACUGUCCCAGAGAGUGAGCUGAUGGGCGACGUAUUCUCGCGCGUGCAUGGAGGGAUAUCGCUCCCGGUGUACGCCAAUAUUGCCAAGUUUCGACGGGGAAACGACGGACUAUACGUAGAUACAGAGGACUGGGAUGAAGUUCUGAGGAGAAGGCAGAUGGUCAACGCUAAAGAACGCCUACGAAUCAGGAACUUGAACAGCAUGUUUUCCCGCCUGAAACGCAUGGUGCCGCUGGUGCGCCGGGACCGGAAGCCCAGUAAGGUCGACACGCUCCGAGCCGCCACGGAAUACAUCCGCCUGCUGCUGGCCGUGCUGCACGACACCUCGACUGGCAGUAUGCUGGAGGCUGUGCCGGAGAUACCAGAGGGCAUGGCGCUGGCGGUUCCCGUGGUUUCGGCAGGCAUUGGAGGGGAUGAGGGCGGAGACAUGGGAGGGCUGGUGCUGCACCACUGUGUCCUGCCCACGUACCAGUACAUCAUACAGCUCACCCCCGAACAGGCCAUGCUGUUCCAGCCCAGCUGAGCAUGCCGGACGUCAUGGCCAAUCACAGUGCUCCUCCAAGGGGCUGUGGUGCUACCAAAGGGAAAAUGUAUAUUUGUUUAAUUUGGUUUAUUGCAAAAAAAAAAAUGUGGAAUAAAAAUGUGCAGUUAUGGCCUUUGUAUUCGUCUUUUCAUUA